AUGCCUUCAUUCACUACCUCAAUCCCUGGCUCUGACACUGAUCCCAGCCUUACUCCCUUGCUUCAGACACAAUCUUCUCAUACAGAGUCGACCUGCAAGGCUGGCACCAACAAAUCCGGCAGACCCCAACUAACACUGAUGAUCCCCGAGGGUCAAGAUGAUAUCUCCUCCGAAAUUCCUGAGGAUCAGGAUGAUAGCUCCUCCGAAAUGCCCGAGGACGAGGAUGUUACCUCUUCUGAGCGUCCUUCAAUUGCAGUCAAAGCCCUACGCGCACGACAAUUUGAGAGGAAGUUUCGUACUUUCGAUAAAGACUACAAAGGCGGCUUCAGCAUCAACUGGGAAUCAGUAAAGAUUCAAUGGAGUCUUCUAUGCAUGUUGAGCAUGGUAUACAAGGGAGUCGAAGGAGAGAAAGGCUGGCCUGCUGAAUGGGAGGAUGAGGCCGUUUUCGCUUCUUUUUUGGAGGAGACUGCCGCAUCCUGGGCGGAGGAUAUUGCAGAUGACAAUAGAGUCAUCCUUGAAGAAUUUGCUGCGAUCUUGGGAGAGUCCUUUGCCAUUGAUCUUAGUAGCGAGGCUGUUGUCAAGGAACAUCUUGACCGCGUGAAGAAGUUCGUUGAUGACAAUAUGGCCCCUGUCCCUGAGGAAGACCAGGGACUCGAGGAAUUGGAGCUGACGGAAGUUCACUUGGUAGAGUAA